CACAAAUCGGAGAUUUGCAGACGACCACUUUGAUCUUUUUCUUUGAUGUUAAAAAUUCAUUCAAUACGAAAAACAACAGUAGUAAACAGUGGAUUUAUUUUGAAAGCGCACAAAUGUAAAUUACAUGAUUUUAUUUUGUGACAGUUGGAAGGAAAAAAUAAACUGUAUGGUUGAAUUAUUACUUGAUAUUAGGGAAUGACCUGCAGAUAUUAGUAUAUUAUUCUAUAAUGAUAGAAAAUGAAGAAAGUUGUUUCUUUUCAAUACAUUAUAUGGAUUUGUGUGAUGCUCACGAAACUAAAUUAUUGUGCUGUUAUAAGAGAAAGAAAACAGAACAAGGAUUGUAAUAAUAGCGAGGAAGAGCAGACCAGGUCUUUUUUGUGGACGAUAAAAAGAGACCCGCCUGCUUACCUCUUUGGAACAAUCCACGUUCCUUACACCCGAGUUUGGAACUUCAUUCCUGACAACGCGAAGGUGGCCUUCAGACAGUCUGAAAACGUCUUCUUUGAGCUCGACCUUACCAACCCAUACACUAUGUCACAGCUGGCCAACUGUCAGCUUCUUCCACAUGGAAAAAAUCUUUCAAACAUUUUACCAAAAGAUAUUUAUACUAGAUUGAAAGACCAUUUAGAAUAUAUACGAGAACGCAUGUCCAAAUGGAUAACAGCCGAUCAGAAGGGUAAAGGCUUGUACGGGGACUAUUUAUUUGACAUCAUUGCUGGAAACUGGGAAAGGAAAAGACCUAUUUGGGUGAUGUUGUUAGUGAACUCAUUAACGGAAAGUGAUAUUAAGUCGCGAGAAGUUCCAGUGUUAGACUUGUAUUUAGCUCAAGAAGCUGAACGACUUCAGAAAAAUACGGGUGCUGUAGAAAAAGUAGAAGAACAAUGUGUUCCAUUGAAUGACUUAAAUUAUUCUCAGGUCCUGUUUGCUUUGAACCGGACGUUAGGCCAACACGAGUCGUAUCGACUCCAAAAUCGUGCAAUACCAUUCACCACAGAUGAUCUUAUUCACCAUUACAACUGUGGCGACCUCAACGGAAUCAUCUUCAACAAGGACUCAUCGCAAGUUGCCAACCUCUUUAAUGCGUCCCUUCCGCAAAGUGACUUAAAAACUGCCAAAUUAAUAGAUCAUUACUUCCGCACUGAGCUUAUUAACAAGCGGAAUGAACGUAUGGCUGAGCGAAUAGCUGGGCUUCUGCAAGAAAAUCCGGCGAAGUCAUUCUUCUUUGCCUUUGGUGCUGGUCACUUUUUAGGCAACAAUACUGUAGUUGAUAGACUGCGAAGAAUGGGCUUGGAGAUUGAACAUACCUCCCCAGAUACUGAAAUUCCAAGAGUCAAGAUUCCAAAGCAUCGUAAAAACAAGCGGAGAAACAAGGUGCAGGAAGACUUCGGGGACGUCUGGGACGAAAUGGACCCUGAGUCAAGGUCGUGGUUGGAAAAGUCACGGGCAGAGCGGCGGAGGAAAUACAACAGUAACAAGCCCUUCAACGACCUCUGGGUUCGGAUGGAAACGCCCAGGCCGGAGAUGAUACAAAAGCUAGCUUCAGAUACCAAAUUCUACAACAGCAACAGUAGACUGAAAACUACACCAAGAUACCAGCACUACCUCUUUAAUACAGCGCCAUCAUCAUCAUUCCCAAGAUUUAAAAACUUUACAGUUGUAUUGACGCUUAUCUGGGCAAUUUUUGUCAACUUAGCCACGACUUGAUAGACAGUGAUAGGUUAAGUAAAUAUGGUUGUUGUUUCUACAAAACAAGCUUGAAUACUUGUUCGAACAUGCGCCAGAUUGGGACAUAGGCAAUAAGCUUGACUCCUAUGAAGUCAGAUGUGCCAGAAUAAAACAUAACCUUCACUCUGGUAUAUUGGUGACAAACACAUAGGUUCUAGAGCAAGUUUAACAAAUAUGGAAGUCUGUUUGUGCCAAGCAAACAUUAUUUGCCUGCUGGUUACAUUGAGGAUGUGUUCCAAGGGAUAAAAUACCGUCUGUGAUCCUGAAUAUCCAAACAAAGUUUACAUAUUUUAACCAAAGAUGUAAAAAUGUACUAUUAUAGUUAUAUAAAUGUUAGUUACGUUGUAUUCACUUUAAAAUAUUAUGUGAUUCAAAGAAAGGGUUAAUGCAAAUUGGCCAGUAAUAUGUUUACAAAUGUUCAGGAUUUUAAAUGAAGCAUUAUAUAUGUUUAUGUUUGUUUAAUGUAUUACUAACAAUAUCAUAGAUUCUAACUUGUCAGAAACUUCUUUCAUUCCUUGUAAAACGAGAGAUUGCAAACAUGACCUGAAUGACGUGUGUACUUGUAUGUAUAGUCACACAUACACAUAAAAGUCGCAUUUAAGUUUGAAAUGUUUUGAAAUUUUAAUUGUAGGCUUCGUGAUACUCACAUAGAGCACUCGCCUUGUGUUUUUAUACAUGUCAUUUGUACAAUGAACACUUACUUAACUUGAUGGUGUAGUGCACCCAAAGUAUCCCACAUGUACACGUACACGUUCAAGUUGUGUUCUGCAACAUCUCUAUUGUUUUUUGUAAAAUUGAUCGAUAUGAAAAGAAAUACCUGCUGCUUUAAGAAAUAAUUAAAUAUGGGCUAUGAUAUCUUAUUCAGAUAUCUUUGAUCAUUGUAGUUUUUAUGUUAUGAUUAUUUUGUAAGAUUUUGACAUCUUUUAUAAUAAUCUAUUCUUUUUCUACCGAUAUAACAAUGAAAACAACGGGGACAACUCCAGUGGUCGAAAAUUCAAUAAUUAUUAAACUCUCGUUUUCCCAUACACAAUCAUGCUCAGCAGAGUAUUUGUUUAUAUUACAAGAAACAAUUGCAGUUUCAUCAUGCUUAUAUCAGCAGGGAUAAUGAUUAGAGAUGAGAGAGAAAGAGAGGGAGAGAGAGAUUUUAAUGAUCUACCUCGCAUUAAAAUUAAUUUAUUAUUGAUUUUCAUGAUGGAAUGAUAAUUACGUUACUCCAUUACGGACUUGUUAUUCAGAAGAAGAAAUUGUUUGUUAAGGGUUACGGACAUGUAUUAUUAUCUUGAAACUUUACACAAACAUUUUCAACUGAAAUUAAAUAUGGUGUCAUUAUGUCUCCCCCUCUCUGGGGGAGACAUAUUGUUUUUGCCCUGUCCGUCAGUCCGGUAGUCCGUCAGUCCGUCCGUACGUCACACUUCGUUUCCGAUCGAUAACUGGAAAACCGCAUGACCUAGGAUCACCAAACUUGGUAGGGAGGUUGGUCGUGAGGUGUAGAGGAUCCCUAUUGUUUUUGGGGUCACUAGGUCAAAGGUCAAGGUCGCGGCGACCCCCAAUAUAAAAAACAUUUCUGCUCAAAAUCUUGAGAACGGUUUGACCUAGGUUCACCAAACUUGGUAGGGAGGUUGGUCAUGAGGUGUAGAAGAUCCCUAUUGUUUUUGGGGUCACUAGGUCAAAGGUCAAGGUCGCGGCGACCCCCAAUGUAAAAAACAUUUCUGCUCAAUAUCUUGAGAAUGGUUUGACCUAGGUUCACCAAACUUGGUAGGGAGGUUGAUCAUGAGGUUUAGAAAACUCCUAUAUUUUGGGGGGUCACAAGGUCAAAGGUCAACGUCGCUGUGACCUCUAAUGUAAAUAAAUAUUUCCGUGCAAUAUCAGGAGAAUGCUUUGAUCUAGGUUCACCAAACUUUGAAGUGAGGUUGGUCAUGAUGUCUAGAUGAUCCCAAUUUUUUUGGGGGUAACAAGGUCAAUAGUCAAGGUCGUGGUGACCUUCCAUGUAAAAAUCAUUUGCGUGUAAUAUCUUUAUGUCUCCCCCAUUCAUGGGGAGACAUAUUGUUUUUGCCCUGUCCGUCAGUCAGUCCAUCAGUCUGUCAGUCAGUCAGUCAGUACGUCACACUUCGUUUCCGCCCAAUAACUAUAGAACUCUUAGACCCAGGAACUUCAUACUUGGUAUGCUAGUUGGUCAUGACUAGUAGAUGACCCCUAUUGAAUUUGGGGUCACUAGGUCAAAGAUCAGGGUCAAUGUGACCUUGAGGUGAAGAAACGGUUUCCACUCAAUAACUAAAGAUCCUUUGGGUCCAGGAACUUCAUACUUGGUAUGCUAGUUGUUCAUGACUAUUAGAUGACUCCGAUUGAUUUUGAGAUCAAAAGGUCAAAGGUCAAGGUUACCUUCAGGUAAAAAAUGUUAUGUUGGCAGUGACCUUAAGCUUAAAAAUGGUUUCUGCUCAAUAACUAAAGAAAGCUUGUACCCAGGAACUUCAUAGUUGUUCAUGACUAGUAGAUGACUCCUAUUGAUUUUGAGAUCAGUAGGUCAAUGGUCAAGGUCACCGUGACCUUGAGGUGAAGAAACUGUUUCCGCUCAAUAACUAGAGAACGCUUGCAACCAGGAAUUUCAUACUUGGUAUGCUAGUUGGUCAUGACUAGAAGAUGACCCAUAUUGAUUUUGAGAUCACUAGGUCAAAGGUCAAGGUUGCCAUGACCUUGAAGUGAAGAAAAAGUUUCUGCUCAAUAACUAAAGAUCCUUUGGUUUCAGGAACUUCAUACUUGGUAAGCUAGUUGUUCAUGACUAGAAGAUGACCCCUAUUGAUUUUCAGAUCAAAAGGUCAAAGGUCAAGGUUACCUUCAGGUAAAAAAUGAUACGUUGGCGGUGACCUUAAGCUUAAAAAUGGUUUCUGCUCAAUAACUUAAG